CAUCAAUCCUCGGACCAAGUGAUUCAGAGCAAGCUGUCGACCUCUGACGUCACAGUACCACGUCGACCCUCCCGAUGCUAUAUAACGUAACGUACUGUAACUGCUGACGUUCUCCCCGCAAGACUUAGGACAUAGAAUGGCCUCCAUCACUGUGCUCACCUCGAUCUUGCUGGUGUGUCUGCUACCCUUGGCAGAGCCCUUCCCCUACUUCCAGAAUAGAAUUCCCAACGGUAGGAAUGUGCUCAACCCAUGUGACAAGUCUGCUUGGCCUGGUGUUGGUCACAAAGUGAGCCAGGGCGGCGGACAAAGAAACCCUUUCGGACUUGAUUUUGCUGCAGCCGGUUAUGUGUGGACGACUGAACUGUGCUAUAAGGACUCCGAUGGUGACGGUCAGUCCAACGGCGUGGAGCUGGGCGACAGCAUGUGCCAGUGGAACGCCACCAACCCCAUCCCCCUCUCCAGACCCAAAGGACAUCCAGGUAUCUGUGAGCCUGUUGGAUCAGAUAGAUGUCAAGACAGUUGGUUUAGUUGCCCUCCAAAGUCUUGACCGUGUCAAGUCUUGGGACGAAGGGCCAGCAUGGGCAGCUCAGAAAGAUAAUCUGGAUGAAAGUGAACACUUGUCACAAAUAAUCUGUCUGUGGUUACCAGGUUGUAAAAACUUGCUACGAACCACAUAAAACAUUUCAAACCCUUCGAAAA